CGAGAUUUCGCGAGAUCAAUAUUGAUCAGUGACGAUCCAAGAUGGCUACCCGUCGGGCUGUCUUGCAACCAAAUUGUGAAAACAAUUUGGACCCGAACCGGGAUCUUUUUGAAGCAUGUAGGAACGGAGAUCUUGUAAGAGUGAAGAAACUGGUAACUACUCACAAUGUGAAUGCGAGAGAUACGGCGGGCAGAAAGAGUACACCACUGCAUUUUGCUGCAGGAUUUGGUCGUAAAGAUGUCGUAGAACACCUAUUACAGCAUGGAGCCAAUGUGCAUUCUCGGGACGAUGGUGGCCUCAUCCCGUUACAUAACGCAUGUUCCUUUGGACACGCAGAGGUAGUAACACUCUUAUUACGUCAUGGUGGUGAUGCCAAUGCCAGAGAUAACUGGAACUAUACACCAUUGCAUGAAGCAGCUAUCAAGGGAAAAAUUGAUGUCUGUAUUGUUUUACUUCAGCAUGGUGCUGAUCCCAACAUAAGGAACACUGAUGGCAAAACAGCAUUGGAUUUAGCAGAACCCUCAGCAAAAGCUGUACUUACUGGUGAAUAUAAGAAAGAUGAGUUAUUGGAAGCUGCUCGUAGUGGAAAUGAAGACAAAUUGAUGGCUCUUCUCACUCCUCUGAAUGUGAACAGUCAUGCUAGUGAUGGCAGAAAGGAAUCAGUUCAUUGGUUAUGUGGUUUGGUUCCUUUACAUAACGCCUGUUCAUAUGGUCACUAUGAAGUCACAGAGAUGUUAUUAAAACAUGGCGCCAAUGUAAAUGCUAUGGAUUUAUGGCAGUUCACACCGUUGCAUGAAGCAGCUUCCAAAUCACGAAUUGAAGUCUGUUCAUUGUUACUUAGUCAUGGUGCCGAUCCUACUAUCUCUAAUUGUCACUCGAAAAGUGCUAAUGAUGCUGCCCCAACCAAAGAAUUACAAGAUAGAUUGCAAUUUGAACACAGAGGUCACAGUUUAUUAGAGGCAUGCAGACAAGCUGAUAUUACUAGAAUUAAAAAACAACUCUCCCUAGACAUUGUCAAUUUUAAACAUCCACUUACCAACGACACACCCCUGCAUUGUACUGCUGCGUCUGUAUAUCCAAAACGUAAACAAGCCACAGAAUUACUUAUCAGAAAAGGAGGCAACUUAAAUGACAAAAAUAAAGAAUUUUUAACACCACUGCAUGUGGCAACUGAUAAAGGUCACUUUGAUGUAAUGGAAACUCUACUUAAACAUGGUGCCAAGGUGAAUGGUCUGGAUAGUUUGGGUCAGACAGCGUUACAUAGAUCAGCACGGGAUGGCUCCUCACAAGGUUGUAGAUUACUUUUAACGUACGGUGUUGAUCCGAGUAUCAUAUCAUUGCAAGGAGUGAGCGCUGCUCAGGUAGCCACUGAAAAUAUUAAGAAGAUGCUGCAGGAAGAGCCACCCAUUAGCGGACCUGAUGAAAAUUAUCAGUUAUUAGAAGCUGCCAAAGCAGGAGAUUUAGAAACUGUUAAGGGAAUUCUGAGUAAAAAUCCUCAUCUAGUGAAUUGUCGUGAUGUAGAAGGCCGACAUUCCACUCCAUUACAUUUUGCUGCUGGUUACAACAGAGUUGCCGUUGUAGAACAUUUAUUACAAAAUGGUGCCGAUGUACAUGCUAAAGAUAAGGGGGGACUAGUUCCUUUACAUAAUGCAUGUUCGUAUGGUCACUAUGAAGUCACUGAAUUACUGGUAAAGCAUGGUGCCAUAGUUAAUGUUGCUGAUCUAUGGAAAUUUACGCCUUUACAUGAAGCAUCUGCAAAAGGAAAAUAUGAAAUUUGUAAAUUGUUACUUAAACAUGGUGCUGACGCAAAUAAGAAGAAUCGUGACGGUAACACGCCACUGGAUCUCGUAAAAGAAGGCGAUCAGGAUGUGCAGGAUUUGCUACGAGGCGAUGCCGCGUUACUCGAUGCUGCUAAGAAGGGUUGUCUUGCAAGAGUGCAAAAACUAGUCUCACUGGAAAACAUCAACUGUCGUGAUUCGCAAGGACGUAAUUCAACACCGUUACAUUUAGCUGCUGGUUAUAACAAUGUAGAAGUCGCUGAACAUUUGUUAGAGAAUGGAGCUGAUGUAAAUGCCAGGGAUAAAGGAGGUCUUAUACCGUUACACAAUGCUUCAUCAUAUGGGCAUGUUGACAUUGCAGCAUUACUCAUCAAGUUUGGUACAUGUGUCAAUGCUAUUGAUAGAUGGAGUUUUACUCCGUUACAUGAAGCUGCCCAGAAAGGAAGAACACAACUUUGUGCAUUACUUCUUGCACAUGGUGCUGACCCAGCAAUGAAGAACCAGGAAGGCCAGACACCGCUGGAUCUGACAUCAGCGGAGGAUGUGCGAUCCCUUCUAGUUGAUGCUAUGCCUGCUGCCAUGUUACCAACAUUAACAAAGACUACACCAAACAGUUUAUCCCCAGUUGCGGCAGCAGCAUCUGUGUCAUCAUCAAACAGCAGUACACCAUCCGGUAUACCUGGAGCUGAGCAACUAGUCGGUGCUAUAGGGGGUCUAGCAAUCUCGAAUCAGGCUGCGACAAUGACUGGUGUUCCCAUCACGGCAGCUGUCAGUCCUGUUGCUACUCCUGUAGCAUGUACAGGGGAUGGUGCGGUCGAUAAAACGGCCGCUGAAGGCAGUGACGCUGUAAUAGACAUCAACAUUGUAACAUUCUUAAAGAACAUUGGACUUGACCACCUGAGAGAUAUAUUUGAAAAGGAACAGAUUACUCUUGAUAUAUUAAUGGACAUGGGGCACGAAGAACUAAAGGAGAUUGGUGUCAAUGCUUAUGGCCAUAGACACAAGUUAAUCAAAGGUCUGGAGAGAUUACUCGGUGGACAUAAUGGUGGUGCCAAUUUAUUGUUGAUGUUGUCCACAGCUGCUGGUAGUGGCACUAUACUGGUUGACUUAACCCCUGAUGAUAAAGAGUAUCAACAAGUAGCCGAAGAGAUGCAAGGUUCCAUCCGGGAACACAAGGACAAUGGCCAUGCAGGGGGCAUUUUCAAUAGAUAUCAUAUAAUCAAAAUACAAAAAGUCAGAAAUAAACGACUUUGGGAGCGGUAUGUACAUAGAAGGAAAGAGAUUGCUGAAGAAAAUCAUAACCAUCAUAACGAAAGAAUGUUAUUUCAUGGUUCACCGUUCAUUAAUGCUAUUGUCAAUAAAGGUUUUGAUGAGAGACAUGCCUAUAUUGGUGGCAUGUUUGGAGCGGGUAUUUACUUUGCUGAGAAUUCUUCCAAGAGUAACCAAUAUGUAUAUGGUAUUGGUGGUGGCACAGGUUGUCCAGUACAUAAAGACAGGUCAUGUUACCUGUGUCACAGACAAAUGAUAUUCUGUAGAGUUUCAUUGGGGAAAUCUUUCUUACAGUUUAGUGCAAUGAAAUUAGCGCAUGCACCACCAGGUCAUCAUUCCGUUAUUGGCAGGCCUAGUGUCGGUGGUCUCUCCUAUCCAGAAUAUGUCAUCUAUCGAGGUGAACAGGCAUAUCCUGAAUAUUUACUCAGUUACCAAAUUAUAAAACCAGAUCCAUCUGAUAAACCAGUAGGACAAGCAUCCUGAAGAUUAGAAGUCAUCAGCUGCACAACAAUACCUCAGCCUGUGUGUACCUAUCUGUACAAUGUGUGUACUCGCUAUGUUAUGUAUGUGUGAAGAGACCCAAUAUCUGCGUGUCAAGUUUUCUGGUUAUUUUAAGUGUCCUACAUGUAACAGUGACAUUCUUGUGAGUUGGAGUUAAUCGGUGUUGAUGGACUUUCAGUCGUCACGAAUAUUUUACUUUACCAUAGUCCGUUUUCUCCUGAAUAUGUUAAAUUCUGUCUUGCAAUGCAUCCAAGUUUCCUAUGAAAUGUUCCUAAAUUAUUGAAAAUGUUAUUUUUCAUUCAUACACUCACAUGCAGCAGGACAAAAUAUAAUUUGGGACCAUACAUUCAUAGUAAGAUAUCUCUGAUAGCCAUGGAUGUGUAUUCAACUUGUGAACACUGAGAGAAACCGUUUCUCAAACUAAUUUUUUACCUGUUAAAAAAAACCACCCACCU